AUGGGACAAGUGACCUCAAUUCCACUUUUCCUCGAAAAUAAUUUUGAUAUCAAAUCUUCUAAAAAUGGUCUUUCAGAAAUAACCACUUGCCUGGUGCCAAACUUGCAAAAAAAUGAUCAAAUUGAUAUCACAGCAAUAUCGAUGUUGGACCACCCCAUUAUUAGCGAUGAUGAAAAUCAAUUUGUUAAAAUAGUGAUAAAGCUACUGAAGGAUUCGGACGAAAAUUUAAAAUUAAGUAAACUCGAUAAGUCAAUCGAACUUUUACAAUUAGCAACAAAAUUUGGUUCUGUAAAUGCCGCAACGAGAUUAGCUUAUUAUUUUCUUGCCUUGAAAUUCAUUAACAAUAUACCUUCAUCUUCUUGGGACUUGCAAACGUUGUUAGAAUUGAUGGUGGGGAUAACAUUUUUAUAUGAAAAUUAUUUGUCGUAUCAAAAGGACCAAGGACUUUGGAAUUAUGGCAUCAGAACAAUCACCCAAAUAGAUCUUACUCUGAACGAUGCCAAAUUUUCCAAGUUUUUAUUUCACCAAGACAACGAAAUACGAAAGGCCAUACGUAUCAAUAUACUGUUUUGUAUAGCAUUAUCACACGAACUGGACGAAAAUUAUCGUUCGGCAUUGAAAACUUAUAAAGAAAUCGAAAUAAUCGGUAAAUGUGGCGACAACUUGACCGGAAAAUUGAUCAAAAAAGCUCGUACAAAUUAUCGUUUGUUGGAGAAAAAGGUUCCUAUUAUAGAUCCGGUUUGUUGCGAAUGUGAUUAUAGUGCUAAUGAUCUCAAAGAAAUAUGGAAGUUAUUAGUGUGCCCAAAAUGUGUAAAAGUGGCAUGUUGCUCUAGAAAAUGUUUAAACAAUCAUAUCGAAAAAAUUCAUAAAUCAUAA